AUGGCGGGUUUAUCACUGAAAUGCGGAGACUGCGGAACCCUAUUAAAGUCUGUAGAGGAAGCGCAGGAGCACGCCGAGCAGACCAAACACGCCAAUUUCGUUGAAUCCACUGAAGCCGUGCUCAAUCUAGUCUGCGUCACCUGUGGCAAGCCCUGCCGAUCCAAAACGGAAAGUGAUUUGCAUACUAAGAGGACAGGACACACCGAGUUUGCAGACAAAACUUCAGAGGCUGCAAAGCCAAUAAGUUUGGAGGCUCCAAAACCAAAAGAUGACGUUGAUAUGUUGGAGGCUGGCGAUGGUAGUAAUAGUAACAAAGAAGAAAUGGUUGUUCCAGAAGUUGAUCAGCAGUUGCUCAUGCAACUUGAGGAAAUGGGGUUUUCUAAGGAAAGGGCAACUAGAGCACUCCACUAUUCAGGCAAUGUUGGCAUUGAGGCUGCUGCAAAUUGGAUAGUUGAACAUGAGAAUGACCCAGACAUAGAUCAAUUGCCAUUGGUAUCCGUCACCACGAAAUCUGAGGCUCCAAAGCCUUCCCUCACUCCAGAAGAAAUUCAUCAGAAACAACAAGAAUUGAGGGAGCGGGCUCGCAAAAAGAAAGAAGAGGAAGAAAAACGAAUGGAAAGAGAGAGAGAAAAGGAAAGAAUUCGGGUCGGUAAGGAACUGCUUGAAGCAAAGCGCAUUGAAGAAGAAAAUGAAAGAAAACGUAUAAUAGCCUUGCGAAAAGCAGAGAAAGAGGAAGAGAAAAGAGCCAGGGAAAAAAUUCGUCAAAAAUUGGAGGAAGAUAAGGCUGAAAGACGACGGAAGCUUGGAUUGCCUCCAGAAGAUCCUGCUGCUGUAAAACCGUCUGCUCCGCCUCCUCCUGUGGAGGAAAAGAAAAGCUCAUUACCUGUCAGGCCAGCUACAAAGGCAGAACAAAUGAGAGAGUGCCUACGAAACCUUAAACAGAAUCAUAAAGAUAAUGAUGCCAAAGUGAAGACGGCUUUUAACACACUGUUUACCUAUGCAAAAAAUGUUGCAACAAAUCCAAACGAGGAGAAAUUCCGCAAAAUUAAACUCAGCAAUCCGGCUUUUCAGGAUAGAGUUGGAAAUCUGAAAGGGGGCAUUGAAUUUCUGGAGCUUUGUGGGUUCGAGAAAAUUGAAGGGGGUGAAUUUUUGUAUCUGCCAAGGGAAAAAGUUGACACUGCGGUACUUCAGUCUGCUGGGAAUGAGCUAAGCAGUGCAAUAAAUAAUCCUUUCUUUGGAGUUCUAUGA